AUGUACGUGGCUGAGUCUCUUCUGCUUCGUCUUCAUCGAAAGGACUUGCGAGACAUAGUGACCGCAGAUGAGAACUGGGUGCUUUACGUGCACCAUGCACGUGAGCGUCACUGGGUUGCGCGAGGAGAAAAGCCACCUACGGAGCGUGAAGCAGACCUCCAUUUAUUAUGUUGGUGGUGGAACUGCGGUGGGAUGAUCCACUGGGAGCUGCUAGGCAGUGGCACUACAGUGACGGCCACAGUCUAUGCUAACCAGGUGGAAAAAGUGGCCGAUGUGAUGCGAGAGCUACGCCCGAAAAGACUCAAUGUCUUCUUACUCCACGAUAACGCACACCCGCAUGUGGCCAACGAAAUGCGUCAAAAAAUUUUUUUCGUCGUAGCCAUCGGAAUUCUGGAAGAGAGGGAUCAAGAAGCUGCCUGA